CGAGCCUUUCCCCUCCCUCUUUGUGGCCUUCGCUUCCAGACAUCCUUCCACACACAGCCGGGCUUGCUUUAAAUUGAAAAAAAGAAAGAAAGAAAAAAAUAAAAAUCAAGGAAACCCUGCGCCCUUCACCCCCGCCCCCCCGUCCCCGUCCUCCUGAGAUCUGCCCCUGCUCACGCACCCCCAUCAUCAUCGGGGGUCGGCUCUUUGAUUUUCUUUGCAGAUUUCCCGCGGGGACGCGAGGCAAAGCUCCCUAACCACAGACCCGGAACACCAUGAAUAUAUUCCGCUUCCUGGGAGACUUCUCUCAUCUGUUAGCUAUAAUUCUCCUGCUUUUGAAGAUCUGGAAGACAAAAUCAUGUGCUGGGAUUUCUGGGAAGAGUCAAGUUCUCUUUGCCAUUGUCUUCACUACACGGUACCUAGACCUAUUUACCAACAGCAUCUCAUUGUACAACACCUCCAUGAAGGUGGUUUAUAUUGCAUGCUCUUACACUACAGUGUGGAUGAUCUAUAGCAAGUUCAAGGCCACCUAUGAUGGCAACCAUGACACUUUCCGAGUGGAGUUCCUGGUCGUUCCGACAGCUGUGUUAGCUUUCUUUGUGAACCAUGAUUUCAUUCCCCUAGAGAUUCUCUGGUCUUUCUCUAUCUUUCUGGAGUCAGUGGCUAUUCUGCCACAACUCUUCAUGGUCAGUAAAACAGGUGAGGCAGAGACCAUCACAAGCCACUAUCUCUUUGCCUUGGGUGUCUAUCGUGCUCUCUACCUGUUCAACUGGAUUUGGCGUUACCAGUUUGAUGGAUUCUUCGACCUCAUAGCCAUUGUGGCUGGCUUGGUGCAGACCAUACUCUACUGCGAUUUCUUCUACCUCUACAUCACAAAAGUUCUAAAAGGCAAGAAGUUGAGUUUGCCAGCAUAGUUCAGAUGUAGACUACCAGAAGAUUCUUUGGUGAAGAAAGAUGCGGGGAAUCCUUCACAAGCGAUUAGGCAUGGAUUUUUUAAAAAAAUCAAAACAUCCAACCUCGUUAGUCACCUGUUGGGUUUCUUCCUGCGACCUGAACUUUUAUCUAAGCGUAUGAUUUUGGACAAACAGUGGAUGGCCCUUCUGCUCAACAGACUGAUAUAGAUGGAUGUGAAGUGGGUACAGCUUGGAUUCCACCAAAUAAUGGCUAAUCCCAGUUAAUAAGUAGAUUGUAGAUUUCUAAAGUCCCUUUUUGAUAAGUCUUCUCAGUUUGUACACUCUUGACUCUCACUUUGAAUCAGCACUAGCAGGAUUUUUAUUUUAAAAGGACAUCUUUUGCUUUCCACUCAUGCCUUGGUGUGUUGUGCUGACAACUGUUAAGAAUCUAAGCUUUCCUCUUUUUGAGGGCCUACUGCCGUGGAACGAUCCAGAAAAAACAGGAGUGCUUACAAAGUUAGUGUGUUUCAUUCAGAGAAUGACUAGGGAGGAGGUCUCCUUUCUUAGAAUACUGUCAAAACAAACCCAUUCUCCUUCAAAUAUUAUUUUGUUUCCUCUUCAUUUUGUAUAUUGACAGUAUAAUCCUCAUCCACUUCAAAUAUAACGGAAAAGCAAGCCUCCCUUCCCCAAGUUAAUUAGUGCCUUUGUGGUAAGGGUUGGAAUUUAAAUAAUAAAAAAGACUGUUUUGUUGCCUGUU